UAACACUGUGGCAAUAACAAAACAACAUUAGCGCAGCAAACAUAAAUUUAUAACAUUUAAAAUAUGAAAUUAACACUACGCCGUUAUUCCUGGCUGCUAUCAUUGCAAUUCACCUUGCUGGCGGCGGAUCUGUUCUUCAAUGCCUUUGGCUCCUGGCUGGCGCGCGAUAAGCUGCAAACAGCCAUCUUCUUCUUUGUUUUGCAGGACGCCUUUAUUAUACUGGAGUACUUGUUGUUUACUUUGGCGCUGCACUCGACCUGUGUCUAUCAAGUGGGCGCGUCCCAUCUUAUUUUACGCAAUUGCAAAUUGUUUCUGUUCAGCAUAACGGCAUAUUUUCUGCUGUCUGCCUCGCAGCACUCUUGGAUUGUCUACCAGUAUCGCAUGUCCGACAUGGCAGCGUCUCAACAAUGGCCCCUGGCGCUCUAUGCCCUCGCCGUAGUCCAGCGAUUAAUGUCUGUAUUUUAUUACUAUACGUCCAAGUCAACAACUUUAAUUAUGACUGAUCCACGCUAUAAGGAUGAACAUCUGGAUUGGAUAGCCGAGCAGUUGGGCGACAAGUAAGUUGGCUGCAUAAUGGAUUGUAAAUAAUUUAGCUAGGUGGAUGGAAAUGUUUUCAAAAUUACAAAAAAAGCUC